AUGGGCCCGGAGCAACGCGAAGCAUUUGAUCAACUCAAGCGCCUGGCUAUCGAAGCCCCGGUCCUCGCCUUCUUUAGACCAGAACUGCCGACCCGACUGGAGACCGAUGCCUCCCGGAAUGCCACAGCUGGUGUUCUAUGGCAGGAACAGCCUGAUCAGACCUGGAAGCCCGUUGGAUUCUUCUCUAAGACCAUGACCCCGGCCGAGCGAGCCUACCCAAUCCAAGAUCGAGAGCUCCUCGCCGUCGUACAGAGUCUAGAGCACUUCUACCCAGAGCUCUUAGGCCAGAAGUUCGAUGUGAUCACCGAUCACGAAGCCUUAGUCCAUUUCUCUACGAAGCGCCUGCUCUCGGUACGACAGAUCAGAUGGUCCGACUUUCUCGCCCAGUUCGACAUCCGUUUCCUCUACCGCCCCGGUCGACUGAACGUAGUCGCCGAUGCCCUCUCCAGGAAGACAGCGGAGCUCCCUACCGUAAAGGCCCGGGAAGCCGAGGAACGCACGGUGACCCUGAUCCCUCCGGAAAGGCUAGGCUUCGCGACCGACUCUCUAGACCCUACGGCCGCCGGCAACCUGCCCCUCAGAACUUUACAGACGCCCGAUCAAGACCGCCCAGAACUAGACCCGAACUCGGUCCCGAAGGGAGCCGAACUCGUUUCGUUGAUCCGCCAAGAGAACCUCCUCCAAGACCUCGGUACCCAUGGAACACACCUGGUCGUACCAGCCCAGACCUCAGACAAGCAGACGUUUCUUCAGACCGCGCUCAUUCGCGAAGCCCACGAACCCCAGAUCUUCGCUCACGCCGGACAGAACAAGGUGAUCAAGCUGCUCCAACGAGACUUCUACUGGCCAAGGAUGAAGGAGGAUAUCCGUCGUUAUAUUCGGAACUGCCACGACUGCCGCCGCAACAAAACCCCUCGAGACAAGACCCCUGGACUGCUCCAUCCACUGCCCGUACCGACCUCUGUUUGGGAGCACGUCGAAUGUGACGGGAAGGAUAUGCCGAAAGACCGUUACGGAUAUGACUAUGUUUGGACCUUCGUCUGCAAGCUAAGCCGGAUUAUCGCCACGCUCCCAGGAAAGAAAAACGAUACGGCAGAAGUCUUAGCUAGCCGCUACUUCCGCUACCUCUAUCGUUUCUUCGGUAUGCCCCUCAGAUUAACCGGCUCACGGGAACGAAGCAUCGUCAUGGAAGCUCCUACACCCUCAGACCCAAGGGGUGUAGAAGUUACAAAUCAAUACCUAGAUCAAAAGCUACGAUUCUACGUGACGAAGCAUCAAGAUAACUGGAGUUCCCUGCUGCCCGCCCUCGACUUCGCCCAUAACUCGUCUUGGCACUCUUCCAUCGACAUGGCACCGUUAAAAGUAGCCCUAGGCCGAGAUAUCCGGAACCCCCUGUCACUGCCCCCGACUGACAAGACCGCUGCCACCGGACCCGCCGCCAGAGCUAGGGAACUUGUGCAGACCGCCCAGGAAACCCAGGAAGACGCCAGGAAUGCUGCCACCGCCGCUCAAGAACGUCAGAAGGAACAGGCUAAUAGGAAACGACGACCAACCGACUUUGCCAUCGGUGACCGAGUUUUUCUCAGCAGGAAAGGCUUCGCCACGAACGCUCCGACUACUCGGCUAGAUAACCAAUGGUCAGGUCCGUUCGUAAUCCUGGAAGAACGCGGUCAUAGCUACGUACUGCAGCUGCCCGAGUCGUACAAAAUGAAGAACCUAUUCCACGCCGACCGUCUUCGAAAAGCAGCCGAUAACCCUUGCCCCAGCAGAUCCAGUCACCUCCGCCACCCGAGGAGAUCAACGGAGAACCCGAGUGGGAGGUUGAUCAAGUCCAGCAGUCUCGAGUAA